CACACGCUAUAACUCACAAGAUAACCCACUAGAGACUUCUUUGUUCUUACCCAUAGAUUGGAUAGAUAGAAGUAUAACUCAGCCAACAAAGAGAUAUAAAAAACCUUCACAUUUUCUUCUAUAAAUUCAUUCGGUUUUUUUUUUUUUGUUCUUUCCAUUGAUGCAAUAAUCAAAUUCUUUGGAUCUUUAAAGGAACUCAGAUUCGUGGGUUUGGUUCUUCUCGUUGCAAAGUUCCAACUUUUCAUUAAAAGGAUUGAACUUUGGCCUUCAAUGGUUGUGGCUAUGCUUCAAGAAGACAAUGGAACAUCCUCUGUAGCUUCAUCACCACUCCAAGUCUUCUCAACCAUGUCUCUCACAAGACCAGCUCUCCUCUCUUCUCCCUCAUCACCCUUCAAAGACCUCAAACCAGAGGAGCGCGGUCUCUACUUGAUCCACCUCCUGCUAACCUGCGCCAACCACGUGGCCUCAGGCAGCCUCCAAAACGCAAACGCAGCGCUCGAGCAGCUCUCUCUCCUCUCUUCCCCUGACGGCGACACGAUGCAGCGAGUCGCAGCUUACUUCACCGAAGCGCUAGCUAACAGGAUCCUCAAGUCUUGGCCUGGUCUCUACAAGGCUCUUAACGCAACUCAGAGAAAGACCAACAACGUCUCCGAGGAGGUUCACGUCAGGAGAUUGUUCUUUGAUAUGUUUCCUAUCCUCAAAGUGUCUUACCUGCUCACUAACCGAGCUAUACUCGAGGCUAUGGAAGGAGAGAAGAUGGUUCACGUGAUUGAUCUCGAUGCUUCUGAGCCUGCUCAGUGGCUUGCUUUGAUUCAAGAUUUUAACUCUAGGCCUGAAGGUCCACCGCAUUUGAGAAUCACUGGUGUCCAUCACCACAAAGAAGUGCUUGAUCAAAUGGCUCAUAUACUCACUGAAGAGGCCGAGAAACUCGACAUCCCGUUUCAGUUUAAUCCCGUUGUGAGUAGUUUAGAGUCUUUGAACAUAGACCAGUUGGGCGUUAAGACAGGAGAGGCCUUGGCCGUCAGCUCGGUUCUUCAAUUGCAUAACUUCUUGGCCUCUGAUGAAGAUAUCUUGAGAAAGAAUGGAUACAGCCUGAGCGGCGACUCGGCUUCAUCUUUGCCUCUACCUAACUCAGGAAGGAUCAGUAGAUUCCUCAAUGCAAUGUGGAGUUUGUCUCCAAAGAUCAUGGUGGUCACUGAGCAAGACUCAGACCACAACGGGUCUACACUGAUGGAGAGACUAUUAGAAUCACUCUACACCUAUGCAGCAUUGUUUGAUUGCUUGGAAGCAAAAGUUCCAAGAACUUGUCAAGAUAGGAGCAAAGUGGAGAAGAUGUUUUUCGGGGAAGAGAUCAAGAACAUCAUAGCGUGCGAGGGAUCUGAGAGAAGGGAAAGACAUGAGACGCUAGAGAAGUGGAGCCAGAGGAUUGAUUUGGCUGGUUUUGGGAAUGUUCCUCUGAGCUAUUUUGCCAUGUUGCAGGGUAGGAGGUUGCUUCAAGGGUAUGGUUUUGAUGGGUAUAUGAUCAAAGAAGAGAGUGGGUGUGCUGUGAUUUGCUGGCAAGAUAGACCUCUAUACUCGGUAUCAGCUUGGAGAUGCAGGAAAUGAAAGAAGAUGAAUGACAUAAACACUCGUGUGUUCUCUUUUGUUUAUGAUCAGAGAGUCACUUUCUUUUGUUAUACAUAGAGACAGACACAAUCUUAGUUGUUUCAUGAUGUGACUUGGCCAAUGUUUCUAACUGCCUCUGCAUAUAUACCUUUUGAACGGAUGAUAACUACAUUUAUGUUCUGUUCAUGAUC